AUGGCUAAUGCAGAGGCUAAUCGCAAGCCAGUUUCGAAGUAUCCAGCCACGAAAGUCUCUUCCUUUAGACGAGAAUUUCAUUCCCGUUGCAGAGGAUACCUUAGAUUCAGUUUAUUUGUUCGUGCUUCAGUCCUGAAAAACAAGAAGAAGAAACCUAGAGUUUGCUGUGGUAAUGAAGAGAUUAGUGGUGGAAAAGUAAGUUUUUCUGAUCAGAAACCCGCAUUGAAACUGCAUGAGAAAGAGAAGGAAGUGAUUGAAUUGAGCGAUGAAGGUCAUGUGGGAGACUCCGUUUCUAAAGGUUCAAGCUUUAAAGAAGCUCUAGUGGUUGAAGAUUUGGUUAAGGAAGAGUCUUCCACUUGGGAUGUUCGUAAUAGUAAAAAUGGGAACAGCUUGAGAGUAUCAGCGCUUCGCCGAUUUCCCCUUUUGGUGAAAAAGCAUGUUGAGGUUUCUCAUGAACCUUUUCUACCGCUGAAGGAGGAGGAAGAAGCUGCAGUCAAAAGUGCAUUCUCUGUGAGAAAUAGAAUGAAGGUCUUGGUUUCUCACGAAAACUCCAACAUUGAUAUUCGUGGAGAGACUUUACAAUGCCUCAAACCGUGUGCUUGGCUUAACGACGAGGUCAUCAAUCUGUAUCUCGAAUUGCUGAAAGAGAGAGAAACUAGAGAACCUCAAAAGUACUUCAAGUGUCAUUUCUUCAACACCUUUUUUUACAUUAAGCUAGCAAGCCGCUCCGGUUACAAUUAUGAAGCUGUCAGGAGAUGGACUACCCAGAGAAAGCUCGGAUAUAAUCUUAUUGACUGUGACAUUAUAUUUGUUCCAGUCCACGGUGGUGUACACUGGACCCUGGCAGUGAUUAACAUUAGGGAACGCAAGUUCCAGUAUCUUGAUUCACUAAAAGGAUUUGAUCCUAGAAUUCUGAAAGCUCUGGCUAAGUACUUGGUGGAUGAAGUGAAAGACAAGAAUGGAAAAUAUAUUGACGUUAGUUCAUGGGACAUGGAAUAUGUUAAAGACCUUCCUCGACAACAAAAUGGGUACGACUGUGGGAUGUUCAUGCUUAAAUACAUAGAUUUUUACGGUAGAGGACUGAAGCUACAUUUUAGCCAGAAGGAUAUGCCAUACUUUAGGUUAAGAACAGCCAAAGAGAUACUGAGACUGCAAGCCGACUAA